UAAAUCGGGAGGUCAGAGGGGUCGUUGGCUCCGAUCGCAUGCUCCGGGGAACAACGGAGCCUCUGCGCGAAAGUUAACCCAGAGUUUCGGCCGGAGCUCUCUGACCAUCCCACACAAGCUCGAGAGAUACUCCAGGGCAAAAGGCUCGAGAUAAAAUGCCCGCACCGGCUGGUACGAAACGUGUCAAGGGCGUCUCAGUAUAUCGGCCAUUUGUUUUUGGAAGCAUUGCCCGACCUAUUGAUCCAAACAAGAAACCGCCAAAUCUUCCUCCGGAGCACACUCACCAAUGGACGGUCUGGGUUCGAGGCGUCGAUGAUGAGGAUAUUUCGUAUUGGCUAAAGAAGGUGCAAUUUAAACUGCACGAGACAUAUGCGAAUGCAUUACGAACCGUUGAAGGACCACCUUUCGAAGUCAGCGAAACCGGAUGGGGUGAAUUUGAGAUUCAAAUAAAGCUUCACUUUGUUCCGGAAUCGAACGAAAAGCCGCAAACUCUUUGGCACGCUUUGAAACUACAUCCGUACGGACCAAAUGCCGAGCAGGAGAAGGAAAGCCGCACGCCUAUCAUUUCGCAAAAUUACGAGGAAGUCGUGUUCAAUGAACCCGUCGAGCAGUUUUACGAUAUACUUACGGGUAAUGGAGGCGCAUCUUCUGCCCAGCAAGGAGGGACGAAAGGGAAGGGAGGCAGCAAGAGCUCAAAACAAGCGUCCGCUGCGCGCGGAGGUGCAGGCCAAGCUGGGCAAGGCCAGGGUACAAGAACCGCAGAGAUACCCGAUACUCCGACAGCAGGUAACCCGUAUAGUCGGCAGACGGAGCGGCAAGAGUUAGACAGGAUGAAGGAAGCCAUCAAGACCGUGGAGCAGAUGGUCGAUCAGGAGAAGAAGAAGUUGACAGAACGAGAGAAGACCCUAGAGACGCUACGGCAAACAGAAGGUAUUGUUGUGGUCAAGAAGAAGUAAAAUGGUUCAAUGGCUGGCUUGAAAAAUGGUUCUUUGAGGCGUUGAAGAGGAGUUUAAGAAAGGCAGUGCUUGUAAGAUUAUUGUGGGCUAUUUUCCAUUUCGUUUGAAUAAUGUUCUAUACCACAAUAUAACGGCUCCGAUUAAGAGCCAUUUGCGAUUCAUGAUAAUACACUUGCGAUGGAUGCCCAAGAAACUUCAAGUCGGGCAAAGGCAACUUCUGGUCUCCUCCAAUAAACAUGUAGACUUUGUUUAUGGCUUAGUAAGUAGCAGACCUGGACAGGGUGACUUAUCAGAGCGAGGAUCAUUCUCCGAAGCAUCAUACCAGCCUUGUUCAAUCAAGGCUCGUUCAAGGCUUCGCCAAUAGUCUGCCUUGCCUUGAUCUGGAGAUUUGAGGUCCAAAUCUCCAAUCCUAGCUUCGAUAGGUAUCUCGUCAUCUGCACUAACCUAAAUUAAAAAAAAAACAAUUCCUGAUUAGGGUAUUUUC